AUGCUCACGUCCGGCUUGACCAAUACUCCGCUCUCGAAGUCUCUUCUGAUCUACGUCGUCGUAUCCUCAAUCGCGCUCUCAAUCUUGGACGUCAAGCACCUCGCCUCAAUCCAUGCCUCUCCGCACUUCUGGCCCUAUGGGCAAUUCUGGCGCGCUUUAUUCUGGCAAAUCGCCGGCUUUGCCAAUUCGACAGAGGCGCUCUUUGCUGCGAUGCUGGUGUACCACCUCCGCGUCGUGGAACGGGCAUGGGGAAAGCGAAAGAUGGCCACUUUCCUUCUAACAACCCUUCCCUACACAACGAUCCUCCCUCCCUUCCUCCUCGCCGUUCUCGUGCGACCUGUCUCCCUAAACAACCUGAACUAUCUCCCAUCGGGCCCAACAGCAACAGUAUUUGCUCUCCUAGCACAAUAUCACGCCUCAAUCCCACAUAUCUACCGCUAUCGCAUCAGCACAACGUCUUCCUCGAACACUGCAGCAGGGACAAACGCCGGCGACUCCACCUCCAGCCAAAAUAACACCCCAAGCAACAAUGGCAAUGGCACGCCUAAGCCACCCCCACCAAGCCUAUCACUUCUCCUCUCCGACAAAUCAACAACCUACCUCAUCGCCGCCCAACUCGCGCUCUCCCAAUUCCCUGCCUCCAUUCUCCCCGCCGUGACCGGCUGGAUAAUAGGCAUGGCCUGGCGCGCCGAACUGCUUCCGGGCCUCUCACCAUCUAGCACGGGCUUUCGUGUUCCCGCGUGGCUGGUCGGUGAGCGCGAGCGGAGAAGUGGAGCUGCGAUCGCCGCUGCUGGCGAGAGAGAACGGUUCGAGGAUUUGAGGAGGAGGUUGGAAGGGGAGGCUGAGGCCUCUGGCUUGGAGGGUGCUAAUUCUGCUGCGUCCAGGAGAAGGAAUCCCGGUGAUAGCUCCGAUGGUGGACUUGCGGAGAGAUUGAGAUCGGCAUGGUGA